AUGGACUCUGAAACUAACGAAUUAAGACAAAGACAAGCUACAUUCUCCAAAGAAUUACAUGGUCAAAAUGUCGGUGAAAAAUCAGGUAUGACUGCGUUAUUAUCAAAAAAUAAUAAUGCACAACAAGAAGCUGUUAAUAAAUAUUUAAAAUUCUGGGAUGGUAAAACUGAUAAAGAUGCAGAAGACCGUCGUCUUGAAGAUUAUAAUGAAUCCACUCAUUCUUAUUAUAACGUUGUCACAGAUUUUUAUGAAUAUGGUUGGGGUUCCUCUUUCCAUUUUUGCAGAUUUUAUAAAGGUGAAAAUUUCCAAGCUGCAGUGGCAAGACAUGAACAUUAUUUAGCUCAUAUGGCAGGUAUCAAAGAAGGCGAUUUAGUCUUAGAUGUUGGUUGUGGUGUUGGUGGUCCAGCUCGUGAAAUUGCUAGAUUUACUAAUUGUAAUAUUAUUGGUUUGAAUAAUAAUGAUUAUCAAAUUGAAAAAGCUAAAUGGUACGCAAAAAAUUCAGGUUUACAAGAUCAUUUACAAUUUGUUAAAGGUGAUUUUAUGAAUUUGGAAUUCGAACCAAAUACUUUUGAUAAAGUUUAUGCAAUUGAGGCAACUUGUCAUGCACCAAAUCUAGAAAAAUGUUAUAAUGAAAUUUAUAAAGUUUUAAAACCAGGUGGUGUCUUUGCUGUUUAUGAAUGGGUUAUGACUGAUAAAUAUGAUGAAUCAAAUGAAGAACAUAGAAAAAUUUGUUAUGAAAUUGAAUUAGGUGACGGUAUUCCAAAAAUGUUUACCGUCGAUGUAGCUAGAGAUGCUUUAAAAAAUUGUGGGUUUGAAGUCCUUGUGGAUGAUGAUUUAGCUGACAACGUUGAUCCAGUACCUUGGUAUUACCCUCUAACUGGGGAAUGGAAAUAUGUUCAAACUUUAAGUGACAUUGGUACUUUUUUCAGAACUUCAUUUUUUGGUAGAAAAUUAACUAAUUUAAUGGUUUCCACCCUGGAAAAAGUUGGUUUAGCUCCAGAAGGUUCAGUUAAAGUCACUGCUGCUUUAGAAGAAGCUGCGGUUGGUCUUGUUGCUGGUGGUAGAUCUAAAUUAUUUACUCCAAUGAUGUUAUUCGUCGCAAGAAAACCUUUAGACGCCGAAUCCACUACUACUACUACUACUGCUUAG